UAUGACAGGUUUUAUCACCAUGUAACGCUUACUUCUCUAGAGUUUGACAUACUAAUUGAAAGUUGGAAAUCACUUGAUUUGUUAUGAUAUCCCACACAAGAAAUUGGCCAAAAAUCACGCCGCUUUAGUCCGCGUAUUUUUAGGAAUGCCUGGAUUUCGUAUUUGCAGCACAUGCUUGGAUAUAUAUAUAUGUUCUUGCAUAUAUACUCUAACAUGGACACUGCCAAAGGCAAGUGCAUGAUUGUAUAUUGAAAAGACUGAUAUGCUGAAAAUAUUCAUCGCACAAUCGUGAUCAGUAAGUAGGAAAGAACUGGGUCAGGAUCAGUUUGAUCAGGAAUUGAUUUAUUCAGACUGAUCAGGAAAGAUCUGAGAUGUUAGGUAAGCCUCUGUAAACUGGAUGGAAUUUAGUCAAACACUUGGCAAGCAAAUGUGAUUUUAUAAAAGAAGGAGUGGAUUAAAUAAAACACUUGAUGAACAGAAAGCUGUCCUAUCUCACACUUUUCAUGUUGAUAUUUGUUUCUUGACUCUAAAUGAAGCUUUAGAGAAAGUCGGUCAUAAGGAUUUAGGAAUGGCACUAAGUCUUGAAACACAAACACCACAUCAGAAAGGGGAUAAAACCUACAAAUGUGAUAUCUGCGAUAAAUUGUUUAAAUAUUCAUGUUUCCUCCAAAGACACAUAAUGACUCACACAAAGGAGAAACCAUACAAGUGUGAUAUCUGUGGCAAGAGUUUUAGUGAUCCGGAUUUCCACCAGAGGCAUGUAAGAACGCACACAGGGGAAAAGACGUAUAAAUGUGCUGUCUGCGAUAAAAUGUUCAGAUAUUCAUGUCACCUUGAGAAACAUUUCAGGACGCACACAGGAGAGAAGCCUUACAAAUGUAUUCUUUGUGAGAAAAGGUUCAACGAAUCUGGAAACCUACAGAGACAUUUGAGGACGCAUGAAAAAGAGAAAUUGUUUGAGUGUGACGUCUGUAAUAAAAAGUUCCGUGUUGCAGACAGUCUUGAAAGACACUUCAGGACACACACAGGAGAGAAACAUUUCAAAUGUGAUGUUUGUGGUAAGUGGUUUAGUCAAAGGGGUAACCUGCAGAGACACUUUCGGACUCACACCGGAGAAAAACCCUAUAAGUGUGAGGUCUGUGGUAACAGAUUUAAUCACUCUCAAGUCCUACAGAAACACAUGCGAACACACACAGGAGAAAAACCAUUUACAUGCGACCUUUGCCACAAAAGGUUUACUUUGUCUGAUAGUCUGAAAAGACACAUGAAGACGCACACAGGAGAGAAACGCCCCAAACCUCUCCGUGGGUUUAACGCAAAUAGAGAUGGAAAACCCUUCACAUGUGACUACUGUGGACUGGAGUUCAGUGAGUCAACUGGCUUACAGUCACACAUCAUAACACACGCACUCGAGAAACCCUUCACGUGUAAAUACUGCGGAGUAGCAUAUAGUGAUUUCACUUUCUUACAGAGACACAUCAGAUCGCACGAAAUUGAGAAACCCUACACAUGUGGAAUCUGUGGGAAGGGUUAUACAGAAUCAAGAAGUGUGAAAAAGCACAUCAGGACUCAUGCAGAAGUUGCUGGAAAUCCAUAAAAAAAAUAAUCAAAAGAGCUCAUUGUGCCCAUUGCCUUAGAUGUAGCCUCGGGACAAAAUAAAUAGCAUACAUCCAUAAAAAGGCAGACUUUGUGGUGUGGGAUACAGACCAGGUUAUCACAAAUAUCUACGGGUAAAAUCUUGGCAAAACCAUUAAACUGGGAUGUUUUUGACGAAAAGGUAAGUUACAAUAUGUGUCGCGCACAUUGUACAGUGAUCCGAGGAUGUGUCGCGGACAUUGUACAGUGAUCCGAGGAUGUGUCGCGGACAUUGAUCUAUUUAAACACAAUCAGAGAAAAGGCAGUACAAUCAGCUUACUAACUUCUCAUUUUCACAACAGUAUUGAUACUUAAGUACCAAAUGUAUUUGUAUGUUACCAAAACAGUGUGACAUAGAUACAUUUUAAUCUUUUACCCAACAAUUUGAUAUUGAUGAAAUAUUAAGAACCUUUCUACCUACUGACUAUUUUAAUGAAACAACUGCAGGCUACGUUGAUUUUUAAGGGUUGGACAAAGUAAUCUGAAGUGAAGAUUUGAGGUAUUGGUUCAACACUUCUUAUUUAAUCUGCUGUGCUCUGGUCCACAUGUGAUGGACCUUCCAUAUGUUGUUCACGGAGGUUUAUAUAGUCAACAUUAUACUUUAAAGGAGACACUGGAAAGGUUUAGUUGUGCCUCCUGUUUCGAGGAUACGAUUGUUAAACAUAAUAAAAUUUGAAAUUUUAAUAUCUUCCUUUUCUUCUACAAAACCUUUUUAAAAUUCCUGAUGCCUCCCCAUCAGAUACAAGGCAUGUUACUAUAGCUAAAGGUUUGGUGUUAUUGACAAAAACUAACAUUGAUCAUGAAGUACAAAAGUCAAGGGCACUAUGAAAUGGCCUGUGUAAGUUUAGCAUUAUGGAAUGGCACCAAUCAGUUAUACACUAUCUUUGAAUUACAUAGAUAUGCAAGUAGGGUUUAGAACAAAGUGAUUUAGAACUUAAUUAUAUUGUUGAUGUUUUUAAAUGUUAUUUACCAAGUUGGACAGUAAAAAGAUACCAAGGGUGUCAAAGUCCCGAUGCUUUCACCAAGUCUUCAUAAGAAGUCAUGAUUAUACAUCAUGUAUCUUGGUACGUUGUUAGGGGAUAUUUAUUGCAUGAAUCGUGUAGAAUUUGUGUUUUAACUAGUGAUUACUGUGUAUGUUAAGUAACUAGCCAGUUUUAAGUAGCAGAAAUGUAUACUUGUGUUUUUAUUAAA